CAAAUCUUUAAAACCUAUGGAGUUCCCAACUCUAACAAUCCUCAGCUGAUAUGUGUCAUGACCACACAUGACACCUGUGCUGCCGAAUAGGGAGGGCAGAGAGGACACUUGUCCCGCACUAGAAAAUGUUUGAUAUUUUUGAUAAUGUUUUAUUUCCAAGAGUUUUAUAGGGUUUCUUUGUAUUAUGUUAGAAUUAACUAUGUCUAAUGAAAAUGUGUUUAAGAAUCUGUAAGUGUUCAGAAAUAACGUAUGAGUCGUGUAUCAGCCCUCUUUCAAAAUUUUCCGCCGCCACUGUCCACAACUGUGGUAUUUGUGAGUCAAAACAGAACCUAAAUUCCAGUGUAUUGUUUUGUGAUUCCAAUUCCAUUUAUCAGUUUUCAAUUGCGUGAAAAUACAAACGUUGUGGCCGUUCUGUGCAGAAGUAUUAAAAAGACAUAACCAGUCAUUUUUUAAUCUAACCACUGAAUAAAAUACAAUUACAGGAAUUAAAUCUGUCCAGACAUUUUAUAUUGCAGUAUUUGCGUCUAUGCAAAGAUUUUAAUGAGUUAUAAAUGUCGACUGCAGGGACAAGUAGCCGACCAUCAGUCAACACCUCAGCUAUGGUAGAAAGUUUGAGGCCGACAAGAAAGGGCAGGCCUUUUAAAGUGAUUGUGAUUGGCGAUCCAAAUGUUGGCAAAACAACACUCACUUACAGAUUCUGCGAAGGAAAAUUCCUUGAAGCUGCUGAAGCUACUAUUGGAGUCGAGUUUAGAAGUAAAACAGUCAAUAUUGACGGCGAGGACAUAACUUUACAACUGUGGGACACUGCAGGACAAGAACGUCACCGUGCUUCCAUGAUACGUCAUUACUAUCGAAACGCGCAUGCAAUCAUCUUCAUGUAUGACGUCACGAAUCGCGAUACGUUCGAGAAUUUGAAACGAUGGAUCGAUGAAAGCAAUCAGAACUGUCUCGACGAUAUACCCAGAAUACUUGUGGGCAACAAAUGUGAUGGCCACUCGGUCAUACCGACCAAUGAGACGCAACACUUUGCUGAUCAGUAUGGUAUGCCUGUAUUUGAAACUUCCGCAUGUUUGGAAAGUGAGAAGGAAAAUAUCGACUCCAUUUUUAUGACGCUAGCUCAUAAGUUGAAACACCAAAAGUUGUUCUUGCAGAAACCCCCAGUCAGUGAAAGCAACAUCAAAUUAGGAGAUCCAUCAAACAAACGGGAUAAAGGGAAGUCGUGUAGCUGUUGAACAUUCUCAUAACCAAAUUGAUAACAUAACGUCUCAUUGCACAGCAGAUGAAACCUAAAUGAUGUAAAAGCUAUAAGGCGAGGUUGUAUCACUUGGCUAGCUGUACACGCAGCACAUUUUAAUGAAUGCUGGAUCAGUUGUGCGAGUAAAUAAUACAUCAUAACAAUUCUGAGCAUAAAAGCAUGACCAACUUUGAACUUGAUUAACGUUCGUUCUAUGAAUUACACCAAUGCUCCUAGCGUUUGUACUACAUCUAACAUCACAUCAUUUUGCUUUUAAUGUCUGACACUAUUUAGUAAUGGUGGAAUACAUUAAUCAAUAGUAAUCGUCAUUGGUUUGGUCAUCUUUUCAUGCAUAAGUAUGCACAUGCAGUUCUCUUUUUAUACUGUGUAAGAUUUUUAAUGGCUCUAACUUGUAGUAGAAUAAUUGUGAUCUGCGAGGAGUGGUAUUUGAUUUUAUUUGAAAUGUUUAGAGGGAUUUAUUGAUUCCAUCUCAGAAACAUCCUAUUUUUUUUUUAUAGAAAUUGGAAUAAUAUUUAUGUGUUCUGUGGUGAGUGGUGAUUUUUAUUUUAUUUAGAAUGUUUAUGAAGUGUUACGAAAAGAGAACAAUAAAACUCACAGUGUGUUUUAUUACUCGAGGGAUUCAGAAAUUCCAUCUCAACGAUAUCCUAUGCUUUUUAAAGAAAUUGACCAUGUAAUUUAAGGUAUUUUUUGCGUUUGAUCACAAUUCAUGGAAAUACCUCAAAAUUUUGUAUGUUCAAUAUGUAUAGACAGUUCCUGAGAUCCAUAGUUCCUAUAAAAUUUACAUGAGAUGAUAAACCCAGUAUUUUCCCGUAUUAUUGCACAUGCACCAACACGUUUAAAAAGCAGAUCUUAUGAAAUUUUAGGAACAUUGAAAUUUUAUCACAAAAUUUAAAGGAAAUGCACAGUCUCGUUCGUCAAAUAUCUAUCUCGAAAGUUGUUAAACCCAGAGUAGUGUUAAGGAAACUGACUGUAUGUAACUGAAAACUAUUUAAUUUAUGAAAUAUUAACAAGGCACAUAAAUUCAUGGUUUCAUACCAGUGGCGUAGCUAGAAGUCAUGGGGCCCCGGGGCAAACAUUUUUUGGGGGUCCUCAUGAGUAUGUUUAAGAUUAAAAAAUACCAUGUUAUAAUAAAAUAAUUGUUUAUUGUCAUAAAAACAAAAAGUAACACAACUUAAAAUAAUGAAAUAACAAAAGUCAAAAAUUAAACAAUAGUAAAACUAAAAAUCCCUUUUUCUUGCUUUUCUAUUUGCAAAUUCGUUGAUAAUAUCAUUUAUAUCAAGGUUUUGGGCUUCUUCAUUCUCUAUAGAGAGCAAAGCAAGAUCGCUUAAUCUAAUCUGGCCUGUAGUAGACCUAAGAUAGUUUUUUAUAAGUUUUAGCUUGUUAAAUGAUAUUUCAACAGUUGCAGUAGUUACAGGCAAAGUAAAAAAUAAAAGGAACUUUAAGUAAACUUCACUUAAGUCGCUUUCAAGUAC